GAAUCGGCUUCCCCGAGCGCCGCGCAGCCAGGUCCGGGCUGGCCCCUCUGCUGCCCCGGGAGCCGGCCAUGCCACCGCGGGAGCUGAGUGAGGCCGAGCCGCCUCCGCUCCGGGCCCCGACCCCUCCUCCGCGGCGGCGCAGCUCACCCCCGGAGCUGGGCAUCAAGUGCGUGCUGGUGGGCGACGGCGCGGUGGGCAAGAGCAGCCUCAUCGUCAGCUACACUUGCAAUGGGUACCCUGCGCGCUACCGGCCCACGGCGUUGGACACCUUCUCCGUGCAAGUCCUGGUGGAUGGAGCCCCCGUGCGCAUCGAGCUCUGGGACACAGCUGGGCAGGAGGACUUCGACCGGCUUCGCUCCCUUUGCUACCCGGAUACCGACGUCUUUCUGGCGUGCUUCAGCGUGGUACAGCCCAGCUCCUUCCAGAACAUCACAGAAAAAUGGCUGCCUGAAAUUCGCACUCACAACCCCCAGGCCCCUGUGCUACUGGUGGGCACCCAGGCCGACCUCAGGGACGAUGUCAAUGUACUAAUUCAAUUGGACCAAGGAGGUCGGGAGGGCCCAGUGCCCCAGCCCCAAGCCCAGGGUCUGGCCGAGAAGAUCCGGGCUUGCUGCUACCUUGAGUGCUCUGCCUUGACGCAAAAGAACUUGAAAGAGGUGUUUGACUCGGCCAUUCUGAGUGCCAUUGAGCACAAAGCCCGCCUGGAGAAGAAACUGAACGCAAAAGGGGUGCGCACCCUGUCCCGCUGCCGCUGGAAGAAAUUCUUCUGCUUUGUUUGAGCAGCUGUGGCAGUGCAAGCCCUAGGCUGGAGGCCCAAGACUUGGAACCUGGGCCACCGGGCCUUUGAGGGGUACUGGCAGGGCUUGGACAGUCGCUGGUACUCAGUUCCCUAUUGAACACAGAGGAUGUGGGUCUCUAGAUGCCCACUCUGAUAAGCCAGGGAGAGCCUAGGCCCUAAUGGGCCCUCUGAUUUGGAUUUCUUUGGUCAAGGCCCACAGGAAAAUCCCAGCACUUGGAUUUUCAUGAAAUGAUCCUGGCAGUAUCAACCAUCUCUGAGCAACAUGAGAUGCAAUUCUCAGUUUCUUUCAUGGUCCCCUGCAGGUCAACAUGGCUGAAUGAGGACCCCUUGUGGUGGUCUUCAUCCCCUCCUUGCACAGAUGUGACAGGGAACAAGAGAAACAGCUGGUCAUCUUGGAGGACUGGAAGGUGGCCAGCCUCGAUUUGGAGAGAUUUGAGAUGGAGUAGGUAAGAGGCCAGUAAGAAAUUGAGAGAGGGAACAGAAGGCAAGGUUUGAAGAGGUUCAACCGAAGGCAGAGUAGAGGGCUGGGCCUGAAAGGAGGAAGACAAGGAGAAAGAGAGCAGGAGAUGGGCAGCUGUGGAGAAGGCUGACACCUGGGCUGCCCUCAAGCCCCAAGGCCAGGGAGGGCGGGGCUGCUCCCUGGGAAGAACUGGGUCUCUAGGCUCCCUCGGUACUGCUCAAACAGGCUGGGCCAGCAGUCAGGCAGGAAGUGAGAGUCAAGGCCUUGCAAAGGGAGGGGGAAGAACUGCAAAUUAGAGUGAAGGAAGGGGUAGGGGUCAUCCCUUUCCUCAAGGUC